UUCUUGGGCCGCUGUCACCCCCAGAAAGAAAAGAGAAGCACCGCCAGCCCAACUCUGACAUUUCCAGUAAGAACUUGCAGACUUAAGGCAGCUGCCUCUGCGCUGCUGAGAAGGGGAUGGGAAUGGUGUGCAGUGCAGAGUGGAAAAUACCCCCGAUGUAAAGAAGUGCACUGGAUUUUUUUUUGCUCGCUGUCGUGUUUGGUGUUGUCGCGUGCACGUUAAAAGCCCCGAAGGAUCGCCGCUUAAUAGAGAUGAAGCGUGGAGAGGAUGACUGACGGCGGAACUAUGAAUUUGUUCCUUGGAGUUGCUAAUUUGCCACCCCGAAGCAACACAUAUCUCAAGGAGGAAGCGUUUGGCUGCUGCUGAUUUCUCCAAAACUGGUGGUUUACCAGACGCGUUGUGCUGUAUCUGCCCGAACAGAUCAUUGCUUAGCUGCAGCAGAUCGUCAAAGGUAGACUACCAACUGCUGUCUCCAAAUAAGAAAUGAGAUGUAAURCAUCCUGCAGCCCAUGCAUGCUUCCUCUUGCAAAUCGCGCAUCAUUCCUCUGUGGAAACCUUUAAGUCCUAAAAUCUGGGAAAAGAGUAUAAAAACAUUAUCAUGGACCUGAGGGAUUUUUACCUUUUGGCUGCUCUGAUUGCCUGUUUAAGGCUGGAUUCUGCUAUAGCUCAAGAACUUAUUUACACUAUUAGAGAGGAGCUGCCUGAAAAUGUACCCAUAGGAAACAUACCAAAGGAUCUGAACAUUUCUCAUAUCAAUGCUGCCACGGGGACCAGUGCCAGCCUUGUCUACAGACUUGUUUCUAAAGCAGGGGAUGCCCCUCUGGUCAAAGUGUCCAGUACCACCGGGGAGAUCUUCACGACGUCUAACAGAAUAGACAGAGAAAAACUCUGUGCUGGAGCUGCUUACGCUGAAGAAAAUGAGUGUUUCUUUGAACUCGAAGUGGUGAUUCUCCCCAAUGACUUUUUUAGGCUGAUCAAAAUAAAAAUUAUUGUAAAGGAUACUAAUGACAACGCACCCAUGUUUCCAUCGCCUGUCAUCAAUAUCUCCAUACCAGAAAACACUCUGAUCAACAGCCGCUUUCCAAUCCCAUCAGCCACAGAUCCUGACACAGGUUUCAAUGGCGUGCAGCAUUAUGAGCUGUUAAAUGGACAGAGUGUCUUUGGACUGGAUAUCGUAGAGACUCCAGAAGGCGAGAAAUGGCCUCAACUGAUUGUGCAGCAGAACUUGGAUAGAGAGCAAAAGGACACCUAUGUGAUGAAAAUCAAAGUGGAGGAUGGAGGUACCCCCCAGAAAUCCAGCACUGCCAUCCUGCAAGUCACAGUAAGUGAUGUCAAUGAUAAUAGGCCAGUUUUUAAAGAGAGUCAAGUAGAGGUUCAUAUACCAGAGAAUGCCCCUGUAGGCACUUCUGUAAUUCAGCUUCAUGCUACAGAUGCAGACAUAGGAAGCAAUGCAGAAAUCAGAUAUAUUUUUGGUGCCCAAGUUGCCCCUGCAACCAAAAGAUUUUUUGCUUUAAACAACACCACAGGGCUGAUUACAGUUCAGAGGUCCUUAGAUCGGGAAGAGACUGCUAUUCACAAGGUGACAGUGCUGGCUAGUGAUGGUAGCUCCACUCCGGCUCGGGCAACGGUUACCAUCAAUGUCACUGAUGUAAACGAUAAUCCUCCUAACAUAGACCUCAGGUACAUAAUAAGUCCCAUCAAUGGCACAGUGUACUUAUCUGAGAAAGAUCCUAUCAAUACAAAGAUUGCUCUAAUUACAGUUUCAGAUAAGGACACUGAUGUGAAUGGCAAAGUAAUCUGUUUCAUUGAGAGAGAGGUCCCCUUUCACUUGAAGGCAGUUUACGACAACCAGUAUUUGUUAGAGACUUCUUCCUUGUUGGACUAUGAGGGCACCAAAGAAUUCAGCUUUAAAAUUGUCGCCUCUGAUUCUGGCAAGCCCAGUUUGAACCAGACUGCCCUGGUAAGAGUUAAACUGGAGGAUGAAAAUGACAACCCUCCGAUUUUCAGCCAGCCUGUAAUUGAGCUGUCAGUUUCUGAAAACAACCGCCGUGGUCUAUACUUAACAACUAUUAGUGCCACAGAUGAAGACAGUGGGAAAAAUGCAGACAUUGUUUAUCAGCUUGGCCCUAAUGCCUCCUUUUUUGAUCUGGAUCGAAAGACGGGAGUUUUGACAGCCUCCAGAGUUUUUGACAGAGAAGAACAAGAGCGGUUCAUUUUCACCGUUACAGCCAGGGACAACGGCACCCCUCCUCUGCAGAGUCAAGCAGCUGUGAUUGUUACUGUCUUGGAUGAAAAUGACAACAGUCCCAAGUUUACUCAUAAUCACUUCCAAUUUUUUGUGUCGGAGAACUUGCCAAAGUAUAGCACCGUGGGCGUCAUAACGGUGACUGAUGCAGAUGCUGGGGAAAAUAAAGCGGUGGCUCUUUCCAUCCUCAAUGACAAUGAAAACUUUGUGCUGGAUCCUUUCUCUGGAGUUAUAAAGUCCAACGUUUCUUUUGACCGAGAACAGCAGAGCUCCUACACCUUUGAUGUCAAGGCCGUGGAUGGAGGACAACCACCUCGCUCUUCUACAGCGAAAGUCACAAUAAAUGUCAUGGAUGUUAAUGAUAACAGUCCUGUUGUCAUCUACCCACCCUCCAAUACUUCUUUUAAGCUAGUGCCACUUUCAGCAAUUCCAGGAUCGGUUGUAGCAGAAGUGUUUGCUGUGGAUAUAGACACUGGAAUGAAUGCCGAACUGAAGUAUACGAUUGUAAGUGGAAAUAACAAAGGUUUGUUUCGUAUUGACCCUGUGACAGGUAAUAUCACUCUGGAAGAGAAACCAACUCCUAAUGAUGUAGGGCUGCAUCGUUUAGUGGUCAACAUAAGUGAUCUGGGUUAUCCCAAAUCCUUGCAUACCCUUGUGCUGGUAUUUUUGUAUGUAAAUGAUACUGCUGGAAAUGCCUCUUACAUUUACGACUUGAUACGCAGGACUAUGGAAACACCUCUGGACCGGAACAUCGGGGACAGUAGCCAGCCCUACCAAAAUGAGGACUAUCUGACGAUCAUGAUUGCUAUUGUGGCAGGUGCUAUGGUUGUCAUAGUAGUGAUAUUUGUCACAGUUCUUGUCCGCUGUCGCCAUGCAUCCAGGUUCAAAGCAGCCCAGAGGAGCAAGCAGGGUGCUGAGUGGAUGUCUCCCAAUCAGGAGAACAAGCAAAACAAGAAAAAGAAAAGGAAGAAAAGGAAAUCUCCAAAGAGUUCCCUUUUGAACUUUGUGACCAUUGAGGAGUCCAAACCUGAUGAUGCAGUUCAUGAACCUAUCAACGGGACAAUAAGCCUUCCAGCGGAGCUGGAGGAGCAAAGUAUAGGAAGAUUUGACUGGGGCACAGCACCGCCAACAACCUUUAAGCCUAACAGUCCUGAUCUUGCCAAGCAUUACAAGUCUGCCUCUCCACAGUCUGCUUUUCAUCUCAAACCUGACACUCCAGUUUCAGUAAAAAAGCACCAUGUGAUUCAGGAACUCCCGUUGGACAACACCUUUGUUGGUGGUUGUGACACCCUUUCCAAACGCUCUUCCACUAGUUCAGAUCACUUCAGUGCCUCAGAGUGCAGCUCCCAAGGAGGCUUCAAGACAAAGGGCCCCUUACACACCAGACAGGUAAACGAGCACUUUUACUGGUCUAUAAGUACUGCAUACAAGUGCCCCGUCAACCAGUAUUAAAGUGCCAGUAUGUUUGUGUUUAAGUCUGAUUUUAGCUUAGUUAUACA